GGCGUCGAAUUUCACAUUGGACAGCAAAUAAGGUUUUGUUGCUUUUUAGCCCUCACUGCGAAUCCGAAGAACUCACUCCACCACCACCGUCGUCUCUUCUCUUCCAUCAAACCCAUUUCUUGGAAUUCCUUCAGUCUUGGUACAUGCAUAAUAGGUCCUCCAAAAAGAUUGGAACGCCACUGGUCUCAGAGAGUGGAAUUCCAUGGGAUUAUCUGAUUGCUCUUCUGUGGGCAGCUCUACAAUCUCAGCUUCUUCGCACGACAUGAAUUUAAGGCUGAAUUUAAAGGCCACGGAACUCAGGCUCGGGCUUCCCGGAUCUCGAUCACCUGAAAGGAACCCUGAACUAAGCUUAUUGAGCUCAUCAAAAAUAGAUGAGAAUUCGCAUUUUCCUUUGUUCUCGCCCAAAUCUGUUGUUUCCCGAAACAAAAGAGGGUUUGCUUUCUCUGAGGGAACACUUGGGUCAAACACUGAGGCGCAUAUUAUCCAAUCUUCCAUGGCUGCUUCAGUUCAAGAAAGCCAUUGUGAGGCUAACGACACCAAACAAAACCACUCGAAUGCUGCAAAUAACAGCAACACCCCCCCAACUAAGGCACAGGUUGUGGGUUGGCCGCCUUUAAGAUCAUCAUUCAGAAAGAACUCAAUGGCUACGAUUACUUCAAAGAAAGUAGAGGGAAAAUCAGGGGCCAGUGCCCUUUUCGUGAAGGUCAGCAUGGAUGGUGCACCGUAUCUAAGGAAAGUUGACUUGAGAGCUUAUUCCGUAUAUCAGGAAUUGUCUUGUGCACUCGAGAAAAUGUUCAGCUGUUUCACAAUAGGUGAGUAUGGAUCUCAUGGGAACGAAAAGUUGAGUGAGACGAAACUGAAGGACUUGUUGCAUGGAUCAGAAUAUGUGCUUACGUAUGAGGACAAAGAUGGUGACUGGAUGCUUGUUGGGGAUGUCCCGUGGGAGAUGUUCAUAGGCACCUGCAAAAGGCUACGGAUCAUGAAGAGCUGUGAUGCCAUUGGUCUAGCGCCAAGGGCCGUGGAACAAAGUUGUAACAGGAAGUAGUGAAGUCUUUUGCAAUUAAUCGUUGGACAUGUAAAGGCCAAGUGGUUCCGUUAAUUGAAAUUUAUCGUUUUCGGUUGAUAUGUUUUUCUUUUCUGAGUAUUUUGUUGUUUAUAUGGUUGGUCAUUCAGUGGUUGUUAAUGUUAAAAACAUUUGAAAA